AUGGACUCUGAUAGUGUCAAGAAGACUAUUAUGAAGGAGGCGCUGCAGGCAACAAACACAGCCGAGGCGCAGGUUCUGAUCCAGAACAUCAACGAAACAUGCUUCGAGCGCUGCGUCCCGAAACCCGGCAGCUCCCUCUCCAGCGGCGAACAGACAUGUCUCAAGGCGUGCAUGGAAAAGUACAUGGCGGCGUGGAACCAGAUCAACACGGCAUACGUGCGCAGGAUACAGCAGGAGGUGGGGAAUCAAGGGCAGGGGUUUUAG